AUGAUAAACACAUACGUGCUGACGACUUGCCCGCCGCGGAGGCGUCAAGCGCAUCUCGGGCCUGACCUACAAGGAGGUUCGCACUGCUGGCACCUGCAGCAACACAACGGCGAGCUACAGGCAGUUGAGAGAGAGAUUCACGGGGGUGCGUACAUCAUCCGCGAUGUCGUCACCUUCACCGAGUACCGACAGCGAAAGACCAUCACCGUCGGCGAUAUCUGCCGGACGCCAAACGCCCACGGAGUCGACGGCUGGAAGCUCCGGUUUGGUGAUUCGAUCGCGCUUGAGGUUGAACUUGGCCAGAUAGUCGUCGGGGAACGGCUUCCACGGACUAGGGAGACAGAGAGCAUCAAGAGCAUGCGCGCGCGUGAGGUUGUAGGAGAAUCUCGUUGUCGCGCAACAGCCAAGACGAAAACGAAAACAACACUCUCGACGUCGAUACCUCUGUUCCCUUUACUCCCUACUGUCCACUCGGAGAGUCAAAGUCACAGAGGCAGCGGCAUGAAACUCGAACUUCGCAAGAACUGGACUCUAUCGUCGCUGUCACCCCCGGAAACAGCAACCCUACCGCAAGUGGAUGUCAUGACGAACGAGCCGAUGGCCAUGUCGAACGAGCCGACCCCUGGUAGUGCCAUAUGA